GCCUUCAACCCCUCUUGUUGGGCCUUUAUCUCCUUCAUACGUAACAUCAUCUUCGAAAACCAAUGUAACUAAAAUUUACAUAUUACACCGUCAUUCCCCGGUUGACCUUAACAUGCAUCAACUCCACGCGCAGAGCGCGGGAAGUGCAAGGCCCAGGACCGAUUACGAGCGAUGGCUUGAGGACCAAGCUCCAGACCACCAGCCCACCGGUGAUGCACACAGUACCAUCCACCUAUUCCGAGCACCAACGAAGAUAUCCUACCUCUUCAUGGUAGCCAGGAGCUUUUACUGCAGAAGCCCGAUAGCUCCAUAGACUCGAAUAAUGCACACUCCCACCCAGUACACCUGUCCCACGGCUAUUUUGUCGCAGAACCAAGUUCACGAGGGGUCUUUGAACUGCAAAA